CCCACAGAGUGCAGCACUAGAUGCUUCCCAGUGUAUCCUCUUUCUCCCACAACUAAAUGUGGCUCUUGCCUUGGGCCGCCGUUUUCAUUGUUUUCCAAUGUGAUUAUGUGUCAGUAACCAUUAUACCUUUUUUUUGAGAAACCCCCCAGAUGUGUACAUUAAUAACUACCACAGCGCUCUUGCCAUCUAGUGUAUCUAACUACAGCAUUCCUACUAAAGACAAUUUCUAUUCUACAUCUUUUGUGCGUCAAUAUUCAUUAAGAAUUCAAGUUUCAUCCAAAUCUAUACAAUGAAAUCAAAUUCAUUUGAGCAUUUUAUGGAAGCUACUCUACAAAUACCAUGCAAUAUACCUGUCAUUCUGACCAAGCACCUGCAGGAUUUUUGGAAGUGUUGCCUGGAUGUUUUUUUAAACAUAACUUUGAACCUUAACGCAACAACAACAUAACUGUCAUCUUAACUGUUCAUUUCUGAUGAAAAGAAACCUGAAGCAGUUGUUAUUGUCAACCCAAGAGAUCUAUGUCAAAUCUCGCUGACAGGUACAUCUGCUGGGCGUAGGUGCUUGCUCCCGGCAGGGUUCACUGUCGGAUGUCAGUGGUUGAAUGUCAUGGUGGAAACGGGGAGAAACUGUCUGUAUGUAGAGUGACAGAGAACCGCUUGAAAGAAGCGCUCGAGUGUCAUGCCUCUAUGGUUGGAUGUUGCUAUAAAAGCCACACUGCACAACACAAGACACCAGGUAGCAGCAAGGGUAAAAACGUUCUCGUAGGCCUCUAUCCAAAAUUAAUUGAUUUUAAACUGUAUAUUUUUUAAGGAUUAACAGCUUAAAUCUACUUUGAUAAAUAGCUAAUAUAUUGUUUUUUUAGUAUAAUUUCGGCGUUUUUAUUGUUUUGUAUUCAUCCCUGGACUUCCAGCCUCAUCAGAACAGCAUGAUUCUCCAUCUUUGCCUCCCUCUGCUGGUUGGGCUCCUGCAUCCAGCUCUGUGUGUCUACAACUGCUCGUCUCAGUACGAAAGAAUCCCAGACAAUUCAGACGUGACAGUCGUCUGUGGCGCAAGAACCAUCACUUUGGAGAUCAACCUGUGCACAGCUCAGUGGGCAGGCUUCAGCAUCACAGACCUCGCUCUGAACGGGAACCACAAUGCUUCAGAGUGCCAAGGCUCGAUGGACAACCGUGUAGACCCUCCAGUCAUCCGUUACCAGCUCCCUGUUAACCACAGCCAGGAGAACCCCUGCCGCCAAUCUCUGCAGAUUGUGGAUGAGAUACCGGACCCCACAGGUCCAUUCAGUAGCUUCUUAAGUAUCCAGGCAGCGAUCAUCACCGGGUUCAUUGACACACCCGGAUCCGACCAGGGGUUGAUCAGCUACUCCACAGACCUCUACUAUCACUUCUCCUGCCGCUACCCGCUGGAGUACCUGAUCAACAACACACAGAUUGUGGCCUCCUCAGUUUCAGUGGCCUCCAGCAAUAACAGUGGAACGUUCAUUGAUACCCUAAGAAUGAGCGUCUAUAAUGACUCUGACCAUGCCUACCCGUUAGUGGUGCCUUCCACAGGACUUGAACUACGCACCAAGAUCUAUGUAGAGGUCAAGGCUGUUAACCUCACAGGAAAUUUCCAUGUACUGCUGGACCACUGCUUUGGCACUCCCACUGCUUACAACGUGUCGCAGACUGAGCAGCACAACUUCUUCACAGGGUGUUCAGUGGACCCAAGGACGUCUGUGACAAGCAACGGCCUUUCAAAUGUUGCCUGGUUUAACUUUGAGGCCUUCCGCUUUGUCCAGCACCGCAGCCAGGAUGUGUCUAGCAUCUAUCUGCACUGCAUAAUGAGGCUGUGUGAGCCCAGCAAAUGUCAGGAGCUCCUGUCUGCCUGUGGAAAGAGAAGAAAACGCUCUGUGAGUCCUUUUGGAGAAGAAAGCAGCGAAUCUGCCACUGUUACAGUUGGACCGCUUUACACUGCUGCCGUAGAAGACAGGCCAAAUGCAGCUGCUUACAGUAGUGACGUGGCAUCAGAGAGGGACGAUGUGAACGUGGCGGCUCUGGUCGUGGGGUUGGUGUUCGGAUCGGCUGCUGCUGCUUUGCUGGUUCUGGCUGGCUGGUUCGCCCUGAAGAAGUUUUAUUGGGCGGGAGGAUUGCCCCAUGCCUUUAACUGAUCGGUCAAUUGGCCAAUUAGCUUUACCUCAUAAGAUAUUAUAAUGGUAUAUUAUAUGUUUAUUGGUGAAGGUGAAAUUUGAAUUCGUUUUGUAGUAAAUGUAGUAAUCACGGGACAAUUUAAUAUACACGCUAAGCACCUCUGUGCUGUAUCUGCAAUCAUUUAUUGUGUAUGAUGGAACAGUCACACCUGAACUAUAUACAAAAACGACGCAUGAACUUGGACAUUUAAAAAACAAUACUUUUAAUAAA